AUGACUAGUUUAAAUGAGUUGAUGAAGGUAGGUCAGGAGUUAGGGUAUACAGAUGAGGCUUUGAGAAACUUUGUUAAAGAGGAGCAAGCAAGGGAGCGUGAAGAAAGACAUAGUAGGUUAGAAGCUGAGAAGGAGAAGCUGAGAAGGAUAGAGAAGUUAGAUUAUGAGUUUAAGAUUUCUAGGGAGAAGUUAGAUUAUGCUCGUCAGUUAGAAAGAGAGAAGGAGGAAGCCGAAACUAGGAAGUUAGAAAUAGAGAUAGAAAUGGAAAAAGAGAAGUUAAGUAAUGAGGCUAGGGUUGCAAAGGAGAAGUUAGAUUAUGCUCGUCAGUUAGAAAGAGAGAAGGAGGAAGCAGAAACUAGGAAGUUAGAUACAGAACAUAAGAUGAAGAUAGAGUUAGAUAUGUUAGGUAAGAAGAGUGUAGGUAAGGUUAAGGUUAAGAUGACUCCAUUUGACGAAAAGAUUGAUUCUAUGGAUGCGUAUUUGAAUGUUUAUGAAACUUAUGCGUCUGCUCAGAAUUGGGAACAUGAAAUGUGGUCACUAAACUUACCGUUUCUGUUAAAAGGUACUGCUAGGGAGGUAUUUGAUAGGCUUCCAUUAGAAGAUAGGAUGGAUUAUGAUAAGCUGAAAGAUGCUUUGUUAAGGCAGUUUGAGUUGACUGAUAAUGGGUAUAAGAAGAAGUUUAGGACUGAAAGGCCCCGUGAAAAUGAGACUUUUGUGAUGUUCCUAGCUAGAAUUUCUAGAUACUUAGAUGGUUGGCUAAGAUUGAGUAAGGUGGAGAAGACUUAUGAAAAGUUGUUAGACUUCAUAGUAAGGGAUCAAUUUUUAGAUAUCUGCAAUAGAGAACUAUAUCAGAACCUUAGUAGUAAGAAGUUGUUUUCAGCCCGUGAAGUAGCGGAAGAUGCAGAUUUGUUUGCCAAGACUAGAGGAGGUCCGAAGUAUGUAGUGAAUCAUGGAAUUAAAGAAAGAGCUAAGCCUUAUGCACUGCCGAGUAGACCUGUAGAUAGAAAUCAAGGUAGUAGUUAUCGUAUGCAAAGAGGUAACGAUAGACUGGUAAAUAGAGGUAGAGCAUCUCAGCAGUAUGAAGGUUAUAAAUGCACAUAUUGUGGUCGUUUAGGGCAUACAGCAUUUUUCUGUAGAAAUAAGGCUACAAAUAAAGCUAACGCAGCGGAAGACAUAGAACCGAACUCAAUGAAUCCAAGUAAGAAUGAUAAUAGUUAUCAGGGUAAUAGAAGGCGAGGAGGUUAUAGAGGUAGGAGUAGAGGUAGAGGAAGAAAUAGAGAUGCAGAUUCGAAAAUUUCGAUGCCGAGAUCAGAUAGUGGUAGUAGUUUGAUAGAACUUGGGGAUUUUGAAGACGUGGGUACAGUUACUAUAAAUUCAUGUCCGACAACUAGAGGUAUAUGUAAUGGUAAAGCUAUAGUUGCAAUGAGAGAUACUGGGUGUACAUGUGUCAUAGUACGAAGGAAUUUGGUAAAUGCAAAUCAAUUGUUAGGGAAGUCCAGACGAUGUAAGUACAUUGAUGGUAGUGAGCACAGAUUAGACAUGGCGUUAAUUGAUCUUGAUUGUCCGUAUUACAGGGGUACUGUAGAAGCACUAUGUGUAGAUAAUCCUACAAAUGAUGUAAUUAUCGGUAACAUAGAGGGUGCUGUAGAACCAAAUUUUGGUAAGUUAGCUUCAGCAGUAGAAACAAGAUCGCAGAGUAAAGUUAAAGCUCAUAGAAGACUUAAAGUUCCUUCACAGAUUUUAGACAUCACUAAUGUAGAGUUUGUAGAGAAGCAGCAGGCAGAUAGGUCAUUAGAUGGAUGUAGAAAGAAAGCAGAGGAAGGUACUGUUAGAAACUGUAGAGGUAAAGGGCAAGUGAAGUUUCAGGUCAGGAAUAAGAUGUUGUUUAGAGAGUUUACGGCAGGAAAUGGUGACGUAAGUAGGCAGUUAGUAGUUCCUAAGGAUCUUAGGGAGACUGUGUUAAAAGUAGCGCAUGACUCGCUUUUGGCAGGACAUCUUGGUAUUAGGAAGACAAGUGAUAGAGUCUUAGGGGAGUUUUAUUGGCCAGGUGUUCUUGUAGAGGUUAGACGAUAUUGUCAGUCUUGUGAUAUUUGUCAACGUACUAUUUCUAAAGGUAGAAUAAGUAAGGUAACUUUAGGUAAGAUGCCUUUGAUUGAUACUCCUUUUAAGAGAGUUGCCGUUGACAUUGUUGGUCCGAUCGAACCUAUGACUGAUAGGAAGAACCGAUAUAUUUUGACCAUGGUAGACUAUGCUACCAGAUAUCCUGAAGCAAUUGCAUUGCCUAGUAUAGAGACUGAAAGAGUAGCCGAAGCAUUAGUUGACAUGUAUAGUAGAUUAGGUGUUCCAGAGGAAAUGCUUACAGAUUGUGGAUCACAACUUACUUCACAGAUUAUGAAUGAGGUUAUGGAGAAAUUUAAUGGUAGUUUAAAGCAGAUGUUGAAACGGAUGUGUAGUGAAAGACCUACAGAUUGGGAUAAGUAUUUGAAUGCUAUGUUGUUUGCGUAUCGGGAAGUUCCACAAGACAGUUUAGGAUUCUCGCCAUUUGAAUUGUUAUAUGGACAUAGUAUAAGAGGUCCAAUUACCAUUUUGAGAGAGUUAUGGUCAGGAAAAACAGAGAAUGACGAAGUUAAGACAACUUAUCAGUAUGUAGUUGAUUUGCAAGAAAGACUAGAAAGUACAUGUAAGAUAGCACAGCAGGAGUUAGAGAAGAGCAGUAUUAGGUAUAGAAAGUAUUACAAUAGGAAAGCUAGAGAUACAACUUUUAAGAAGGGAAGUAAAGUACUGGUUCUUAUACCUACAAAACACAAUAAGUUGUUGUUACAAUGGAAAGGUCCAUUUGUAGUUUCCGAGGUCGUGAACAAAUUAGAUUAUCGGAUAGACAUAGGUAACAAUAAGAUCAAAACUUUCCAUGCCAAUAUGCUGAAGGAGUAUGUUGAAAGAAAUUUCGAACCAGAACGAGGUGCAUUGGCAAAGGUAAGUGCAGCUGUUGUAGAAGCGGAAAAUGGGUAUGAUAGAUUAGAGGAAGAUGAUAGUUUAGAAACAAGUUACCAAGAUGAUAGUGACAUAUUGCUAUGUCCAUUGAAGAAAGGUUCAGAGACAUAUAAAGAUGUUCAGGUCAAUCCUGACUUACAAACAGAUUGUAAGACUCAGAUUGCAACCUUGAUAAAGAAAUUUUCAGAUGUUUUAACAGAUAUACCCGAAAAUAUGUAA